AUGAUCGAAAAUAAUAAAGAAAAUAUCCCAUCUCAAAUAUCUUUAGAAUUAUCUGUAUUAGUAAAAACCUAUGGAGAUAUUUAUUUUAAUACUCUUGAUAUGGAGAAUAGCAUAAAAUUUUUUGAAAAACUUGGUAUUCUUCCUAAUACACAUACAUGCUCUAAAUGUCUAAGUCCUAUGCGAAAGUCAAAAGAUAAAUUACGUGGUGAUAAACAAAAAUGGGUUUGCACUUUGAAAAUUGCCUGUGGUAGUAUAACAACUCUAAGAUCAGGAACAUGGUUAGCACGAUCCAAGUUGUCAUUAACACAAAUAGCAAAGAUUAUGUUUUGCUGGUCUCAUAAGUUACCACAAAAGUUUGCUGUUUUAGAGACUGAUGUUAGUGCGCAUUCAAUGGUAGAUUGGUAUAAUUUUUGUCGAGAUAUAU